CUCACGUCAGUUCAGUCAGCCUGUCAGUGACAGUCGGACGGCGACUGUGUUGUGAAUUUGUUUGUAGUGCUGUGUGUUUGUGAAAAACAGUAGGGAUAGAACUCCAAACGGUGUAAGUGAUCGCAUAAACUUUUUACCUCUUGUAAUAGCAAAAUGCUGUCUAACAAAAGUUUAAUGGCUGCUUGUGCCAUAGCCUUCUGCUGCAACGUGGCUUUAAUGGUGUUAUUUGUGAAGUAUAACUCUGGAGAGAAAUGCUAUAUUACCAUUGACGAGCAUCAGACUGUAUCUAACAUCAUGCCCGAUGAUUUCCUGAGUAUCGGCAUUGACACUUCUGAAAUAGAGCAUUACAACAAAAUAGACUUUACGAAGCCGAGACUGCGGCAACUUGCAGCAGCUUUAGCGCCGGCGCGAGUUCGCCUGGGCGGCACCAUGUCUGACCGACUUAUUUUCAGUGAGAACGACAUUGUGGCGUCGUGCGACCACUGCCCAAAAGACCCCCACUCCAAGUCAGUCUGCCCAGCUGUUAGAAAGCUAUGCAAACAUAAAUACUUACCUUUCUUCAUUAUGACUGGGAAAAAAUGGUCAGAUGUUAAUGAAUUCUGCAAAGCUACAAAAACGAAAUUGUUAUUCCCUAUGAAUGUUCUGCUCCGUGAUGAUCAUGGAUGGAAUGAUCAAAAUGCAAGAGAACUAUUGGAAUACAGCAAAAGUAAGCAUUUUGAUGUAGAUUGGCAGCUUGGAAAUGAGCCAAACUCUUUUGAACAUGUAUUUAAUUUAUCUUUGACCCCUGAAGUAUUGGCUCAUGAUUUCCAAAAACUUCGGAAACUUCUUAAUCAUUCUGGAUACAAACAUUCCCUGCUGGUUGGUCCAGACACAACCAGACCCCAGUCCAAGCGUCCAUAUUGCUUAGAGUACAUGAGAGAGUUCUUAGGAAAUGGUUCAAAGACUAUAAAUGCAGUCACUUGGCAUCAAUACUAUUUAAACAGCCGAACUGCCAAACUUGAAGACUUCUGGAACCCUGAUACGUUUAAUUUAUUAAAACAGCAGAUAGAAGCAAUGAGAAAUCACACCAAGAAAUAUAGGCAUAUGCCGAUGUGGCUGACAGAGACAAGCAGCUCAUAUGGAGGAGGAGCACCUGGAUUGUCUAAUUCCUUCGCUGGGAGUCCUCUAUGGCUAGAUAAGCUAGGUCUUGCAGCAACAUACAACAUCACUACUGUAGUGAGACAGAGUUUCAUUGGUGGAAACUAUAGUCUGAUUGAUAAAGAAUUAGAACCUUUACCUGAUUGGUGGCUCAGCGUCCUCUACAAAAAGCUUGUUGGGAACAAAGUUUUACACGUUGAUUGCAAAUGUUCUCGCUUCCAAAGAAUGUAUGCACACUGUGCAAAUAAAAAAUACACUAACGAUACUACAGCUAUAACUGUUUUUGCUGUGAAUUUGGAGAUGGCUAAAGCAAGAUUCUUGUUGAAUGGCACUGCAUUGCAUGGAGAUAACUUGAUCAUUGAUGAGUUUAUAUUGAGUGCACCAUCCAACAACAGGCAAUCAAAAACAAUGUUGUUGAAUGGAUGGCCGCUAUAUUAUGAGUCUGCAUUACCAGAUUUGGAACCUGUGCAUUUAAAGUAUGGUAAUCAUAUUUCCAUGCCACCAUUCUCGAUGGCAUUUUGGGUCAUCAAAAAUACUUCUAUAAAAGCUUGUGCCUAGUCCUGCUUUUGUUAAGACAGUUGCCUAACUUAAUUAAGUUUGUACUUAACAUUCCAAUGAAUAAUUUUGCGUAAAGUUCUUGUACAAGUUGAAAUUACCUACCUUAUCAAUCGCUUUAAAAAAUUAUUCCCUUAAUCUCAAAUUCGAAUAAAUUACUGUUAAAUUUUGAUUUAUGUAUGCCAAAUAUGAUCAACUCUUAUAUUGCUGUGAUGUUAAUAAUUAAUUUACAUUGGUAGAUCUGUAUUAUCAUUUUCAUAUACAUAAUGUAUUAAUUGCAAUAGCUUUAACAUUGUAUUAACAUUUCUCUGUUCAUAUAGAGAUAUGUAAAAUACCUAUAUAUGUUAAAAAUUAUUUUCACACUGCCUUAACAAAUGUGCUAAAGUAUUUCGACUUCUAGUUAUUUCAUACUGCUGCACACGGGUAUGUCGUGCAAAUAACAAUUCCAGUUAUUUGGAUCAAUAAAAUUGUCUUUACACUCAGUAAAGAAUAUCAAGACAUUCAAUAGUCAAGCUCAAGAUAGAAAAAAUCAAUAAUUGACUUUGUAAAAUAUACAAGUUUUAAACUCAUUGGGAUUGCCUGCCUAAUCGUUGAGAAAAUAUUUAUAAAUUAAUAUUUAGGACAAUAGAUUUUGUUAUGGAUGACACAUGUAAACAUUUUUUUAAAUCAUCUGUGAUAAUUUUUAAACAAAAAUCUCAAUGCAGUUAAUCAUCACAAGUCUUGUAAGUUCUACUUACAAAUGACAAUCCCAUUCAAAAAGCAAUUUGUUCAUAAGAAAGAAUUUAAACACUUGACUAAAUAAGUGUCCAACAUAACAAUACAGAGUAAUUGUGACUGUUUGUUACAAUAUUGCUUGCCUUGAAAAAUAUAUCUUGGCUCGUUAAAUAAGUCAAUUUCCAUUUUGCAUUAUUUUCACAGCAGUUAUCUUGGACUGUUGACAAUACGCAGCCUUCUCACCCAGUCAAGGAGAAUCAUACUUUGUUUGACAUUGAACUACUGGCCAUUUGAUAAGACAAGUCUCAAUGUGUGAGAUGGAAUAUAAUAGCAUAGAUGUAGUGAACAAAUACGCAUCAAUUUAUCUAUCUUCUUUAACUUAGUAUAGGCAAUAUGUUUUUGUUAAUAUUGUCUUGUGAAAAAGGAUACCUAAACAUUACUUAGUUAUUUCUGAGAUCUCUCCAUAUAUCUAUUAAAAUUAUGUUAAUUUAUAUACCUAUCACAAUAAUUCAUAGGGUAUUACGUUUAUUUUUUAAUCAUAAGAUACCCAUGAGGUAUGUAUCUACUUGUUUUUUAUUUCUAUCUAAUUACAUAGGUAUAUUAUUCUAAUUAUUUAUCUAUAUUGUUGUGACUAGUUUUUAAGAUUUUGUUCCAGUGCCAUGUGACAUCAUAUAAACUGCUUGAUUGUAUAAUCUUCCAUCACAAUUUAAAUAGUUUAAAAAUAUGUUUCAAUUUGACAUUUACUUAAUUUGCCACAUUUCAGGUAGUUACCCUGAAAAUGUGCAAAUUAAUAAAUACAUUGUUUCUUCUUUGCCUUGAAUAACAUAGUACUAUAAACGUCAACAAUAUAUCCAAGCUUAAAAGUUUUUAUAUGUAUACAUUUUUAUAAGUAGUUAUAUACCUACUUAUUGAUGCUUAAUGCUAUUGUGUACUAUAUAAGGAUAUACAAGUAAUGUUUAAAGAUUGGGGUUUGUCCGACAUGAACAUGACUUGAAAAGCCCAGAAUUCUAAUAUGCAGUCUAUUUGAUUUCAAAGAUAUGUUUCUUGUUUAUAGAAAUACAUUUUCGAAUUCUCGACCAGUCCUAGUGUACCUUGGUUUUCAAGUCAUGUCCAUGUUAUUGCUUACAUAUGAAGUCGCACAUAGAGUCCAAUCUCUAGUAAGUAUUGAUUGAGUCAAAGUGUUUUACUUUAAGUAAAUUGUAUAGGAUAUAUUUAUACUUAUGUUCAUAUAGACCUAUAUUUAAAUAUUAGAUACUUACCAACUCAGUCCAAAAACCAUGUGCCCCUACUCUCCCCUACCAGUGCCAGAUCUCAAAG